AUGAAGGGUUCAUUUUGGGUAGCUGCAAUUAUGGUUGUUCUCCUUUUAUUUCCAAAUUCCAUGUCUGCUCGGCAUAUAGCUCGGCCUCACUCACGUCAUGGGCGCCAUCUGAAGUCUUCAGUGUUAAUACCAAAAAGCACAAUUAGAGAGGGUGCAGUGGAAGAAAGAAGGCCAAUUAGUUAUAAGAGAAUUAGGGGGCCAGAUACACUCCAAGUGGCAGGGUCGAGCUUGCCAGAUUGUUCCCAUGCUUGUGGAUCUUGCUCACCAUGUAGGCUUGUGAUGGUGAGCUUUCUCUGCGCAUCAAUCGCAGAGUCUGAGACAUGUCCCAUGGCUUACAAGUGCAUGUGCCAUAACAAGUCUUAUCCUGUUCCUUAG